CGUUUUUGACAUUGCAUUAAUGCACGCAUUCAUCGUUUGAAAAUAAACAAUGAUUUUUUUGUUUUAAAGUAUCUUGCAUAAUCUUGCAGUUUGAUCAUUAUUUACGCAGUCACAGAUCGCACGUCGGAAAUGUAGAAUCCUUUCAUCUGACUCGGUCUACCUCGGUACUCUACGUAUCUUUAUCUGCAGUUUUGAUAACAGAACAAGCGUUAUAUAAGUGUCCUUAUAAGUCGUGUUUCAUCACUUUAUAUUAUAAAGGACCAGUUACUUUUUCUUUUUUAUGAUCAAUUUAAGUCACCAUUUAGUAUUAACUGUUUGCGGUUAUAUAAAUGUUACAUUGAUUGAGAAACAACAUUGGUGUCCAACAAGUAGUGACAGGCAUUGAGCAGUAACCAUGAAUCAUAACAAAAAAUGCGUCACUCUGAGUGAAAUGAAUGAUAAGUUCACCGAAGAAGUGCUAACGAGCAUUCUGUCCAAGGCAUGUGAUGGGAAAGAGGUGCAAUUGACAGAUUGGGAUUUUGACGAGGGAUUCGCCAAGGGCGACAACUACCUGUCAAACGUGUACAAGGGUAAAGUGAGUGGCGUUAUUAUUGACGACGACUCAAAGCAGCACGUACACAUGGAUAUCGUUGUGAAAUCAAUGCCGAGGAACUCCGCCACCAGAAAAACUCUUAGAACCGCGGACUUUUUCCGCAAUGAAAUUGCUUUUUACACAAAGGUCGCCUCCAGAUUUGAGAGCUUUUUAGCAGAGAAAGGACAAGGCGGUCUGUUGCCUGUACCGCGUUACUUGACGUCUUUCAUGGACGGCGAAAAUGAUUUUCUGGUUUUGGAGAAUGCCUCUUCUUUAGGAUUCGCUCCCGCGACACGACAAAACUGUUUAGACUGGUCGGAAUGCAUGGCGAUUCUGAGGACGUUAGCUAAAUUCCACGCGAUCUCAUUUGCGUAUAAAGACCAGAGAAAAGAAGAAUUUGCAAAGAUUGCAGGCUCUUUAGAAGAAACCUUCUUCGACUAUUGGGAGUGGUACAAGAACUAUCAUGAAAAGACACAAGUUGUAGUUAAACACGCGCUGGCUACCGAGUACCCCAACAGUGAAGCUGAGAAGCGGUACAAUUCCUACAAACACGGUGAUCUCUUCCACAAGUGCGCAGAAUUGUGUAAGAGAAGGGAUGCUCCCACAUCAGUCGUGACUGAGGGUGACUGUUGGGCACCAAACUUUUUAAUUCGAAACACCGAGCACAAUCAAAAGGAAGCGUUGAUGCUCGAUUUCCAGCUGGCACGUUGCGCCAGCCCUGUUCUGGACUUGUCGUUUCUGAUUUAUUCUUGUACUUUGAAGUCGUUUCGUGAUCAGUAUUUCAACGAUGCACUAAAAUUUUAUUACGAUGAAUUGUGCGGCACUAUUGAAUCACUCGGAUCUGAUCCGAAAAAGGUUUAUCCAUGGGAUGUAUUCAUGAAAGAGAUUAAAGAGCAAUCCUUGUUUGGUGUGUUUACCGCACUUGAAGCUAUUCCUUUAGAGUAUUUGGAUGGAUCUCCAUCGUUCCACUUGGAUAACUUGAUUAAGAACGAGGUGAUAGAUGUCGGUGAAUUAGCAAUAUUGUCUAACAUCUCGACAGCAAGCGGAAGACAAAGGGUGGCAGACGUAAUAAUCGAGACUGUUGAAAAAGGAUACAUAUGAAUUUAGAUGGACUCGAUUGUUAAAUAGAAAUUAUCCCUCCGUUAUAUAGUUAGGAUUAUGUAUUAACUAUUACUAAAAGCAUUUUUAAUUUUAAUAUAAUAAUAUUCCA